GGUUUCCCCAGACCAGUCCCCAGUGGGAUGCACCCUUAUCCUGGCCUCCCCCGCCAGCCUCCUGCAAGACCCAGCAGCCCCCCCUUCCUGGAGACACACCCAGCUCCUUUUCAACACCCCAACCCAUCCUCCAACCCAUUUUUGGGAGAAACCCCUCUUCCUCUUAGUAGUUUUCAAUCUUCUGGGUGCUCUGGGUCUGUGCCCAACUUCCUUCCAGUUGAACCCCAGCCCCUUGGGACUCCUCAGACCCCUUUCCUGUCUGUAGAACACUUGAGAGGGUUAAUGAGGCUUUCUCAGUUUCCCCAAACACCCCUCUCCCCCAGAUACCUCUUAGCCUCUGAAAAAUAACCUAGUCCUUAUCUCCCCCUUUAGAUACCCCACUCCCUUCCCUAGCCUCACUGGGGGCCCCACCUCUCCUUCCUUCCCUUGAACUCCUGUAGAAUGUAGACAACCCCCCUCAGGCUAUUCUUGGCAGCUCUAGGCACUCCCCAGACAUUUGUCGGCCUCUUUACAGCCUCCUGGCUCUAUAGGCACCCCCUAGAUACACCAAUCCCUUUCCUAGGUCCCCAAAGGGACUUUAACCCCAUUAUCUUUUCCCCAGAAAUCUUGAGGGUGUGGACAACUCUCCUCACCUUUCUCAGCCCCUCUAGAACCUCCCUCCAGAUAUUCUCAGCCUCUUUCAAACACCUCUAGUUCCAUUUCUACCUCUCUGGAUGCCCCAAUCACCUCUCCAAACCCACCAAGGGGUUCUAGUCCCUUCUUCAUUGCCUCAGAACUCUUGAGACUGGCUAGCUCCCCAGUGUUUCUUGUUUCUACUUGGUAUCCCUAAAUAUUUCUCCAAUACAUGCGCACCCCUCUAGAAUUAUCUGUUUCUCAAUACACUCCCUCAGAUACCUUCUUGGCCAGUCUAGACGCCCCUUUUCUGCUCCUCUCCAUGUCCCCUAGCCACUUCAUCCCCCAGGUACCUCCCAGACACUCUAAAUGCCCCCCAAGCCCCUGCCCCUGUCUUUAGUACCUCCUCCAGGUUCCUCUCGGCCUCUCUAGACACCCCCAGUUUCCUUGUGCGAGUGGCCCAGGGCCUCUCCAAGCCCCUACCAUCCUGGAGACAGCCACGUUCUCCUAAAGGCCACCCCCCAAGUCUCCGAGGGCCUGGGGCGCACGGCAGGAUGGCGGCAGGCGUGGCCACGUGGCUGCCUUUUGCACGGGCGGCCGCAGUGGGCUGGCUGCCCCUGGCCCAGCAGCCCCUGCCCCCGGCACCAGGGGUGAAGGCUUCUCGAGGGGAUGAGGUUCUGGUGGUGAACGUGAGUGGACGGCGCUUUGAGACCUGGAAGAACACUCUGGACCGCUACCCAGACACCCUGCUGGGCAGUUCAGAGAAGGAAUUCUUCUACGAUGCCGACUUGGGCGAGUACUUCUUCGAUCGCGACCCGGACAUGUUCCGGCACGUGCUGAACUUCUACCGAACGGGCCGCCUGCACUGCCCGCGGCAGGAGUGCAUCCAGGCCUUCGAUGAAGAGCUGGCCUUCUAUGGUCUGGUGCCUGAACUCGUCGGCGACUGCUGCCUCGAAGAGUACCGAGACCGCAAGAAGGAGAACGCCGAGCGCCUGGCGGAAGACGAGGAGGCCGAAAAGGCCGGAGACGGGCCAGCCUUGCCAGCUGGCAGUUCCCUGCGCCAGAGGCUCUGGCGGGCCUUCGAGAACCCACACACGAGCACUGCGGCCCUCGUCUUCUACUAUGUGACCGGUUUUUUCAUAGCCGUGUCGGUCAUCGCCAACGUGGUUGAAACCAUCCCGUGCCGUGGCCCUGCACGGCGGCCCUCGAGGGAGCAGCCCUGUGGCGACCGCUUCCCGCUGGCCUUUUUCUGCAUGGACACGGCCUGUGUGCUCAUAUUCACGGGUGAAUACCUCCUGCGGCUGUUUGCUGCCCCCAGCCGCUGCCGCUUCUUGCGGAGUGUAAUGAGCCUCAUCGACGUGGUGGCCAUCCUGCCCUACUACAUCGGGCUUUUUGUGCCCAAGAAUGAGGAUGUCUCUGGUGCCUUUGUCACCUUGCGUGUGUUCCGGGUGUUCCGCAUCUUCAAGUUCUCGCGGCACUCACAGGGAUUACGGAUUCUGGGCUACACACUCAAGAGCUGUGCCUCUGAGCUGGGCUUUCUCCUCUUUUCCCUUACCAUGGCCAUCAUCAUCUUUGCCACUGUCAUGUUUUAUGCUGAAAAGGGCACAAACAAGACCAACUUUACUAGCAUCCCUGCAGCCUUCUGGUAUACCAUUGUCACCAUGACCACACUUGGCUAUGGAGAUAUGGUACCCAGCACCAUUGCUGGCAAGAUUUUCGGAUCCAUCUGCUCACUCAGUGGUGUCUUGGUCAUUGCCCUGCCUGUGCCAGUCAUUGUGUCCAACUUCAGCCGCAUCUACCACCAGAACCAGCGUGCUGACAAGCGCCGAGCACAGCAGAAGGUACGCUUGGCAAGGAUCCGGUUGGCAAAGAGUGGUACCACCAAUGCCUUCCUGCAGUACAAGCAGAAUGGGGGCCUUGAGGACAGUGGCAGUGGGGAGGAACAGGCGCUGUAUGUCAGGAACCGUUCUGCUUUUGAGCAGCAACAUCAUCAUUUGUUGCACUGUCUAGAGAAGACAACGUGCCAUGAGUUCACAGAUGAGCUAACCUUCAGCGAGACUCUGGGUGCUGUAUCACUGGGUGGCCGCACCAGCCGCAGCACCUCUGUGUCCUCCCAGCCAGUGGGGCCUGGCAGCCUGCUAUCCUCUUGCUGCCCCCGCAGGGCCAAGCGCCGUGCCAUCCGCCUUGCCAACUCCACUGCCUCGGUCAGCCAUGGCAGCAUGCAGGAGUUGGACACGCUGGCAGGGUUGCGGAGGAGCCCCGCCCCUCAGAGCCGCUCAAGCCUCAAUGCCAAGCCCCAUGACAGCCUUGACCUGAACUGCGACAGCCGGGACUUCGUGGCUGCCAUCAUCAGUAUCCCUACCCCUCCUGCCAACACCCCAGAUGAGAGCCAACCUUCCUCCCCUGGUGGUGGUGGCAGCGGUGGGGCCAGCAGCACCCUCAGGAACUCUAGCUUGGGUACCCUCCCUGAGACUGUCAAGAUCUCUUCCCUGUGAGGGGGGGGGCACCCAUGGAGAGGGCCCUCUUAAUUCUUGGAGACUCCUUUCCAAAGCCGUAUUUUGGGGAGGCAAACAAGGGCAGGCCUGGGAACCCUUUCUGCCCCCCACUGAGAACUAUGCAAUGGAGUUUCAUGGAAUGGCCCACCUUGUGGGGACAUAGCCCGGGAAUGGGAUACUUCCCCACCCCAGUUUUCCUGGUAGGAGCUGAAUCACUGGGUUUCCUCAGGACCCUGUCCUCCUUGCCCCAGCACACUGGGAUUAAGCCUCUCCCCCAGCUGGCCUCCUGCAUGAUCCUCCCCUCAGGCCCUCAGGCUCCCACCUGAUAUCUGAACUCUGGCCUGAGAAGGAGAGGUGAGACUUUCUCCUCUCUCUGGUUGGGCUGUGGAGGUUUGGAGGUUCAGAGAAAAGAACUGUCACCUCUGAUCUGGCCUCUGAGAGAGAUCCCCACCCUUCACCAGGCCCAACAACUCCCAGAUUCUGAAGCUUGAAAUGGAACCACAGGCUUCAUGGGCUGUGGCCUCAGCAGUGACCUGCUACACCUAGGCUUUGGCUCAGGAGUCAGGCAGCCUCUCCCAACACACACAGAUAGCACAAACACUACCCCCUCUUCCCUUGAUGCUGGAGAUGGGUCCCUGCAACCUUGUCCUCUGCUGGGUCCCCAGCAAACUAGCAAUAGCAGCUGCUGCCAUGACGUUAUGCAAAGCCUCUACCCAGUUUGCUGCAGCAUUUACAUCUGCCCUAAUUGGAGAGGCCACUUCUAAUACUCCUUUUCUCUCCUCCUCUGGUUUGCUUCCUUCCUGGGUUGGGCUGGAGUCUGGACCGGCUGAGAUAAGCACCCGGCAUCCAGCAAGGGCUGGGCUUGGUUUCCAGAUCAUGGACUGAUUCCAUGUUUUUGAGCAGGAGUCCAAAAGCAUCAGAGGCUAAGGCCUGAGUUGUUCUUGAACUCUGGGAGUUGUAGCAGGCAGGAGGAAUUUAUUUCUUUCUCCUCUCCCCUACAAUGCCUUUUCACAUCUCUCUCUCUCUUCUCCCUCUUGGGUCACCUUCUGGAACUCUGUUUGCUCUCAGGCUGAUAUCUGGCAUCAUCUCAGGUUCCCUGUCCCAAGAACUGUCCCUGUGGAGCUGGUGGCUGACAAAGAUGUAGUUUCCAUCAGUCAAUAAAACCUGAGAGAAG